AUUUCCCCAAUUUUACACACAAAUCCCCUGGUUCGCCCUUCCUCUUGCCCCUGGUACUUAUUAUUUCCUAAAGGGAAGAGUGGCAAGCAUUUAGGUUAUGGAUCUAAAUAACAUCAAGGAUGCAUUUGAUCGCGUUACAAAGAAGCAAAAGGUGUCAUCCUCUAAAUCCCAAGAGGUGGUCGAGCAAAUGAGCCAAGAAAUCGAGCAGGCGUUAUCAGGAAUACAAUCAGCCACCAACAGUACUUUUCCGCAACCCGACCACAACUUAAUCCUCACCGAACUGAAAGCAAAAUUAAAGGAGAUCGCUCCACUUGGUCAGCUAGAAGGUACACAAAAGGAACUAAAUCUUGCUUUGAGCAAGUACAUUAAGCUUCUCGAGAAACACUUCAAUCCCGAUAUAUCAAGAUCGUAUAGAAACGUUGACUUUGACCUCCACACAAUCAACCAGAUAAUCGCCAGUCACUUUUACCGUGAAGGCAUGUUUGAUAUCGGUGAUUGCUUUGUAAAUGAAGCCCACGAAGAAUCUGUUGUGGACCGGAAAACUCACUUCCUAGAGAUGUAUCAAAUACUUGAGUCCAUGAAGUCUCGAGACUUGGGUCCCGCUUUAAAGUGGGCCACCACCAACCACGAGAAGCUCCGACAAAACGGAUCCGACAUCGAACUCAAACUCCACCGUCUUCAAUUCAUGGAGAUACUUCAACAUGGCCGUAGAGAUGAAGCUCUCAAGUACGCCCGAGCUUAUUUCUCCCCUUUCGCUAACCAACAUCUCCCCGAAAUCCAGAAGCUAAUGGCGUGUCUUUUAUGGGCCGGAAAGCUUGAAUCCUCUCCGUAUUCUGAGCUUCUAUCACCAACCCAUUGGGCCAAGCUGGCCCAUGAGCUGGCCCAACAGUUUUGCAACCUCUUGGGUGAAUCCUACCAAAGCCCGUUAAGCGUAACCAUAGCUGCUGGAGUUCAAGGCUUACCAACCCUUUUGAAGCUAAUGAACGUGAUGAACGGAAAGAAGAACGAAUGGCAGUCGAUGAAGCAGUUACCGGUACCGAUCGACAUUGAUCAGGAGUUUCAGUUUCACUCCAUAUUCGUGUGCCCGGUGAGCCGUGAUCAGGCAAGCGAAGAAAACCCGCCGAUGCUGAUGUCAUGUGGUCACGUGCUUUGCAAACAAUCGAUUACAAAGUUGUCGAAAAACAACAGCACGAGGCCUUUCAAAUGUCCGUACUGCCCAACGGAGGUGGAAGUGGGUCAAUGCAGGCGGUUGUACUUUUGAGAUCUGAUAUGUGCAUUGUGAGUUGUACGUUUGGUGUACCAAGUCUUCCCCCUUUUCCUUUUGAUAUAAGUUUAUGUGUUUGUGUUGUAAUGAAGUUAGGGGUUUGUGGUGUUGGGGGAUGUGAUAUUGUAAAAACUGUUGGCUGUACUUUUUGUUAUAAAUUUGCAUGUAAAUAGAAAUUCUUUCCAUUUGGGUC